AACUUCUUUAGAAAAAAAAUACUUUCAACAAUGGCUUACUUUUCUUCUUCAAACAAACUUAUGUUCUUCUUCUCAGCUUCUCUUCUCCUGUUCUUAUUCUCAACCAAUUUUGUGGCUGGAGAAUCCGACAAAGUGAAACUCAAUCUUUACUAUGAAUCACUUUGUCCAUAUUGUCAUAAAUUCAUAACCAAUGAUCUAGUGAAAUUCUUCAAGUCCGAUCUCCACAGAAUCGCCGAUCUCAAGCUAGUUCCAUUCGGUAACGCAAAAGUCUCCGACAAUCUGACUGUCACUUGCCAGCAUGGUGAAGAGGAAUGCAAACUAAACGCCAUUGCAGCUUGCGCCAUAAGAACUUGGCCCAAUCCGAAAAUGCACUACUGGUUCAUAAGGUGCGUUGAAAAGAACACAAAAAACUGGGGGGAAUCAUGUUUUAAGACAUAUGGUGGUGAGAAAGCCAUCAGGGAUUGUUACGCCGGAGAUCUCUCUAAAAAACUUAUACUUGGUUAUGCAAAGCAGACUUUGAAUUUGAAGCCAAAGAAAAAAUACGUACCAUGGGUCACAGUGAACGGCACACCACUCUAUGACAAUUAUGAUGAUUUUGUGGCCCAAGUGUGCAAAGCCUACAAUGGAAAGGCUCCUCUCCCAAAACUCUGCUAUUCCUCUGCUUCGGCAAAGAAGAAAGCGUUGAAGCUUCAAGUCUCCUAUGCCAACGAAGCCUUCCAUUACUAAGAAAUGUACUUAUUGAACUACGAUGGACUUAAGUUUAUGUUAUAAAAGGAACUAGAUUUUGACCCGUACGUCCGUACGGGUGUAUAUUUCAAAAAUAUAUUGUUAUUUAUUUUUCACGUCAAUAUCAAAAUUGGAUAAAAAAUUCAAA